AUGGAGGAGUAUGGCAGAGACAGAAGAGCUCCCAGACAUGGAGGGGAGAGCCGAGGACUGCUGUCAGGACUGCCUACUUCCACAGUGGGCCUGAGGCUGCAGGGCCCUAACCCCCUUCUCUCUGUCAUCCUGCCACCCUCAGGGGGCCCCUCCCCCCUCAAAUGGGAUCACAGGAGAUCGGACCACAAGAGAUGGGAUGACAGGACCUCCUACCAGAGGCAGUUCCAGGCCCUGAUGGGCCCCCCUGCCUUGAUGUGUAAGAGGGACUCCUCCAGUGUGACCCUGGGAGACUUCAAUGUUGGCUGCGGGCCCAUGUAUUCCGAGCAGAAACAAGCCUACAGGCCCAGGAAUCUGCCCCCAGACAGGUAUGACAAGGCCCAGGCCUCAGCCUGCAUCCACUAUUCGAGUGCUAGUCCUGGAGACGGCCUCUUCCAUGACAGGACCACCAGUGCCGAGCACUUCUAUGGCCGGCAGCCAGAGCCUUUUGUUCAUCACAGCGACCAGACUCCCGAGUCCCACAUCCUGGAAGGAAAUGGGUGCCCUGGUCCAGGCAGCCUCACCACCUCCAUGAACUUCUUCUAUGGCCAGCCGCCACCGGUGACCAACCCAAGCAGCCGCCACAUACCUCAUGAGAAACUGCAGGAUCACGUGAUCCUAGGGGAGUCGAAGCUGCGGGGGCAGUUCUUCCAGACCACCAUGGGCACAGACUAUUCCCCCACCAGCACAGAGCGGCCAGAGAAAGCACCCAACCUGCACUUGCUACCUAGCAACCUGCCAGAGGGCUUGGGCGAACCAGAUUUAUUGACCCUGAACCAGAAGAUGCUGAAACCACACAGAAUAGCUCCGGCCUCCAUGACCCAGGAGAUGCUACAGCAGUGCAAGCAUAGCCACAUGGAGCCCCCGCUGGGCAGCCAGCGCUUCUUCUCAACCCAGUACAAGGACCAGUUCGCCUUCAAGUACCAGGGCCCGGCCGUGCUGAGAUUUGGCAACUUCCAGGAGAGCCACUUGCCACUGGGCUCCCCUGACCAGUGCUUCUGGGGCGGGACGGUAGACCCUCAGGCCCCCCAAGUCCCCACCUACCCAUGCCCGAGCCAGCAAUAAACACCACCCUGGCAACAUCCAGUCCCUCUCCGCCUGUCAGACAUGAAAGAGGAUGCUUGGGUGAAUGGGGACUGAACAGGAAAGUGACUCCACCAGGAGACUCUGGAGGUCGCCCCACUCUGGGCGGGGAGGCCUUGCCAGUUUGUGCAAAGACUCGCAGGCAGAUUUGGUAUAAAAUGUUCAGGUGCCAUGACGACUUAUGAAUGACAUGGAGAGGAUGGAGUUAGUAUUGAACAGAGGCAGUGUGGCAAGACAUUGAGAGUGCAGGCUUCUGUGGCUGAUGGACAAAGUCCAAAUCCUGACUUCCCUAUGCCCUGGAUUGUAGCAUUGGGCAAGUAAUUUCACCCCUCUAGCCUCAGUUUAUU